AUGUCAUAUAGUAUUAUUUACAACCUAUUUCUAUCCCCGCUGGCGCCAUAUCCAGGCCCAAAACUAUGGGCUAUAUCGAACAUACCCUAUCUAAUAAGCAUCACGCGGGGCCGCAGCCACAUCAAGAUCCUCGAGCUUCAUAGUCAGUAUGGUCCUGCUCUGCGAGUCGGUCCCCGCGAACUUUCCUUCAACAGCCCGCAGGCCUUCCAGGAUAUCUAUGCAUCUCGCCCAGGCCAACCGCAGUUUCCCAAGGACCCGAAGUUUUACGCCUCAAAACUCAACAGGAUUGACGAGUGUGUUGCCGGAAACCUCGAUGAUGAAGCACAUACCAGGCAGAGGCGAUUGCUCUCACGCGAAGCGACGAUUGUCUAUUUCGUUAGCCUUCUCGUGCAGCGACUGCGAGGUCAGAUAAAGGAUGAAAAGCAUGGGGCGAAAGUGGACAUGAAAGCCUGGUUUAACUUCACCACCUUUGACAUCACGGGCCAGAUUAUGUUUUCUGAACCUUUUGACUGUCUGCAGAAUAGUCACUUGCAUCCGUGGAUUGCUCUCAUCUUCGACAGCGUAAAGGGGAUGACGGUCCUCUCUGCAAUGAAUCGUUUUUCUAUGUUUCGGCAGCUCCUAGAGGCUGUCUUUCCGGAGUCAUUGCGGCGGAAAAUGCUCAGGCACUUUGACUAUAGUUCCCAGAAGGCAGAUCGUCGGCUUGAGAAAGGAUCGGAUCACGAAGACUUUAUGGCUGUUGUUUCGACGCAUGGGGUCCACGAACCCGGCGCCAAAGCCAUCGCAGGACAGCUGACUAUGACUAGAGCUGAGCUUUAUGCGAAUUCCUCUUUCAUUUCCAUAGCAGGAAGCGAGACAACGGCAUCACUGCUUUGUGGGUGCGUUUACUACCUUUGCAAAAAUCGUGACUGCUUGGACCGACUAUGCAGGGAGGUCCGCACCGAGUUCUCAACGGAUGAUCAAAUCGUCUCGCCACAAUGCAACCGUCUCACGUACUUGAAUGCCGUUAUUGAAGAGUCUCUUCGACUAUAUCCACCCGCGGCUGCUGGUCUACCGCGGCUGGUCCCCAAGGAGGGAGCAAUCGUUAACGGUCGUUUCCUCCCCCAAGAUGCAUUUGUCUUCAUUUCGUCUCGAAUAGCCAUAUACCCUCGAUCUAACAAUCUCCAGAUAACCGUUUCCGGCCACCAAUAUGCUACAAACCAUUCCGCUGCGAACUUCAAACUACCGGAACAAUUCAUCCCCGAGCGAUGGUUAGGAACCGACCGUUGA